UUUGGGUUUGUCGAUGACGUUUGCAAAGGCGAGAACGACCCGUGUACGCUGGAAUGUAGCGAUCAAAGCACUGCUUGUGAGCAGAAUUGCAAAGUUGGUAAUUAUACUUGUAAACUGAACUGUAGCGUAGACAAUUGUAAUCAAAAUUGCAACUCUCGAAUAUGUUUUCUUCAUUGCACCAAGGGAGUGUGUAAACAGUCUUGCAAAAGUGGAGUGCGAAUAUGCCAAAUGGAAUGCAUCGGUCAUACCUGCAGUCAAAUGUGCCACGCUCGUGAAUGUAUCUUAAAGAGAAGUUAUUCAUUAAAUUCUGGUUCAGGUGUGCAAACAUGCAGCGGGGAGUACAAAGCCAAUGUGAUAUGCGAUGCCACGCUUUUAAUUGUAGACAACAUUGUAACGCUCAAACAUGCAAUCUGAAAUGCAGAGGGGAAGAAUGCAAUCAGAAUUGCAUUGGUGGAGAACAAGGAUGUAUUAUGCAAUGCAUGGGGAGCGCUUGUUCACAAACUUGCGACGCUUAUACAUGUGAGAUGACAAGAAGUGGGUCAUCAAAUUAUUAUACAAAGCAAGUGUGCACUCCCGGGAAUGGUCCAUGUUGUCAACGUAUCUUGAUGAAUGAAAGUCUGGGAUCCUUUGAAACAACCUGUCAAGGAAGAGAGCAAUGUACGUGCCCCGAAUGUUUAAAUCAUAACUGCAUAACUUUGAGCAAAUCGGAUGUCGCUGCGGCUGUCUCGGCUUCGACGGUUCAAGCUAUUUCAACCCAUAUUUCAACAGAACAAGGUAAAGUAAACAUUCAUUCAUUUUAUUGUCCAUGACUAAAUAUCGAAAGACCCAUGCAUGACAUAUUACUUUCUUAAUUGCCCUUAAUCUAAAUUCUUUGUGCGUCAUUAUCAUUCGUAUACGUAGUGAUAUUUUUUUUCAUACGAUGUUUCCAUUCAGGUAAAAACGUAUUUUAAAAGUUAAACCUGCUUUACACGGAUGCCGUGUAUAAAAAAUGUAUAAAAGAGUUAGAAGAUCUUAGUUUGGAAUUUGAAAAUUUCAUUGUUUGCUUUCUAACGAUGAGCAAUUACAUAGCUUAAGCGUUUCUUAUAAUAACUGAUAUGCAACGGUUACAACGAUUUCAUGCGCUGGAAAAACCGAGGACUCAAAUGAUUAUGAUUCGGAGUUUGAUUGUUCACGAUAUUAUACAUUAUGAACUGGCCUUACUAACGGCCCGUUGAUAAUUUCACCAGUAUUUCUUUCACAGGUCACGAUACGCAAUGCACGGUUCUGCAGUUUUUCAAUUCUUCAGAGUCCACUAGAGCCACAUCCCCAUAUAUGUACCUUACUACAGUUGUCGAAACGAAGCCGAGCUAAUGAUUCAUGAAAAGUUAAAAUUAUAUCUGGAGGAACAAAAUCUCUUAUGCAUCUAAUAACACUUUCAUAGAAGGAAAAAUUUUGGAAAUUUCUUUGAUAUGAAAUUGCCAACAUAGAUUUUCAUCAUAAUAUAUGCCGAGAUAUCUCGUUGUGGAGAUUCCUUUAACAGGGAUUUUGUUUAUUCCUACUUCGAGACUUUCGGGUAAAUAAGACAAUCUUUGUCUAAACCCAUUUAAUUGAGAUUCUGGCUUGAUAGGAGGUUAUUAAGGAUGAGCUAAUUAUGCAGUUGAUUAGAAAUCAUGCGUUUUAAAGCCUUUGUGACAACAGGAAUAAUUGAAAAUAGUCGGUUACUGCAUGGAUUAGCUCCCUUUCGACCAUUUUUAAAGAAUGGAGUGAUUCUAGCAUUCUUCCACCGAUCAGGAAAAGGUCUUGUUGAUACUGAUUGGUUGCUCCAGGCCCCGGUUGUUCGAAGGUCGGAUAACGUUAAUAGUUAUCGGUUGAAAUUUCGACUAGGAUCAUCUCGGCGAUCAGGACAGGCUAUUCUCAGAGCAGCAUGGCCGAGAUAGCAUCAAGUCCUGAUGCCUUGAACAUUUAUAUAGCUGAUAUCUUCAUCUUUGAUCUUUGUCGAUUCAGAACCGAAAAGAAAAAAAUCAUUAAAGGUGUCAAGAAUUUUAGUUAGAUUUUUUGUUCUCUCUCUCUAUUACGCUCCAGUUCAUUGAUUGGAGCCUAGAGCAUCAGAGUAUCAGAGCAUUAGAGCUCUAGAGCUCUCUAACAUGAAUUUGAGUUUAAUUUUACUGUUUGGAUCAACUUUGACAUACAGCUUCUCUGCAAUCGUCGCCUUCGUCCCCAUUACUGCUACUCUCAAUUCCAUCAUUAUCAUCACCGUUCUCCUUGCAGCCAUCGAUAUUAUUAACGUUACCGUCAUUACCAUCGUCAUUAUCAUCAUCCUCAUCAUAUACAUCAGCGUCGCCAUCUUCGUCAUCGUCAUCUUUAACUUGGACAUCUCCGUCAACCCCUCUCGAAAAAAUUAAAAAUUUGAUACGUGGUGCAGUUUCUUUUAAUCCUUGUAUUUGUAGUGUUUAUCAUCUUUCUCAUUUGCCAAAGUGAUUGACUUUUCUCACCUUAGGAAAAUGUAUUUACUUCGAAGCGUAAUGGAGUCAACAUCAGCAGAAACAGCUCCCUGCAGGUAUCUAAAUUUACAUGCACAAAUACUUAUCUAUUCAUAUUGAUGAAACAUACAGGGAUAGCUGAUUUAAAAGCAUGGACAUGUGUUUAUUGAGUGAGCUCGAUACUGUUCACAAUACAUCAGCGUCUAGGAUACGGUAAAAGAGCACAUAACCAUGACCACAUGACCAUGGUAAUAAUAUGGUCGGUUUAGAAAUUAGUUCGAGCCUGCUCGCUAUAUUAUGCAAAUUAAAGUAUGUUGCAUUUCAAGUUGCUGCUGCUGCUUAGACGAUAAACUGCGAAGUAAUUUGACUCUAUCAAAGAUUGUAAUAUGUUAUCGCCAUUCAUUCAAAGCGCUCAUAAAACUUUUUACGCGCUCAUUGUCUUAUAAAGUAGAUAGAAAGUAUAUAAAUCAGACUUUUAGUGCACCCUUUUGACAACAAGACCAAAACAAUUUCAACGAAGAAACAAUCUCCAAAGUAGUCAUGCUAACCGCCGGCCGCCAAAAACCACUUAUCAAACUUAGUCACGGAAUCACUAACCUAUCGCCCAUUUCCGAAUUACUUCUGGCCUCUUUGAAAGCGAUUCCUGACGCCCUUCCUUUCAAAUGAUUUUAAGUUUUCUUUCACAUGCAAAUUAAUCUAAUUUUUACGCGAAUGAUUGAGCAAUAGCUCUCGUUUUGAAAAAGUGACUAAAGGCGAUUAAAAAAUGGCCUAUUAGUUGUGAUUAGCCUAUAUUUGCCCUGGUGCACAGAUCGUUAGCCCAGUGAAUUGUCCUUUGACCGAUUUCGUUUAAAAAUCAGGUUUAUUUUCCUGAAGGGGAAGUAAUAAAACCAUAAAUCUAUGAAAAAAACAGUAGUAAAUCAGAAGACCUGGCCAUCUUGUCUGAUUAUACUGAUGCGUAAAUUCAAGCUUACAGAGUUGAGACAUUUGCAAUUACAGGAGGUUAUACGUUUGUUUGAAGACUUCGCCGAUCAAUAUCAGAACAUCACAAAGUCCCAUGGCAGCCAACUUGGUAUAGAAGAGCUCCAACGAGGAAAAGAAUCCGUCUUUAAGGUGGCAGUUGCCCUCGAAAAAUUUGUUCUUGAUUACAGUCAAUAUCACCUAAAUAGAGAAGAGCCCUUGAAAAAAAUAACACGCCAGAAAAUGGGUGAGUAAGACAUGAAAUUUCUUCAAAUUAUUAGAGAUAAUUUCUUAAUAAGUUGCAGACCAACUGACCAACUGAUUUAAUAUUUCAGCUACUACCUGGCUUGAAGUAUCAACUAACUUUUAUGAAUUGUAAAAGGGCAUUAGUUAGUUAGUUACUGCCAUUAUGUCGGAUGACAUCUAAGGCAUCACCGAAGGUCCUCCACUCCAGUCUAUUCUGGGUCAGAUUGGCAAUGGCGCUGCAUGUGUGGUUCCAGGCUUUCAGUUCUCCUACCACUGUAUGAUGAAAGACUUCUUGGGUCUGCCUCUGUUCCUCUUCCCUCCAGGUGUUUACACCUGUGAUGCAGUUAUGUUCCUUCCUCGCGACAAAUCCGAUUUUAUCGCCACCGCCUUCAGUGGAGGAUGGUUCUCAUAUAGUCCUGUUGGCACUGACCCAGUAUUUGGUCGCUAAUGAUAGUGUUUGGCCAAAAAACUAUCAUCUUAAUUACUCUCAAGCUAUUGGCAUGUAGGACAGACAGCUUGGAAAGAUUACCUUCUGUAGCUCUGAUAUAAAUUUACCUUGGUCCUGAUUCUGUACUGCUGGAACCUCAGUGAUUCUUAAGUAUUCUGAAAGCAUUUCUGGCCAUGUCUAAGCGGUUAUUGAUGUCCUUGUGUUUUUUUCCAUCGCGUCUGUCUGUGCUGCCCAGGUAUGUAAAUUUAUCUGCUAUUGAAAGAUCCUAUCCCUUUGCUCUGAUUUCCUAUCACUGUCAUGACCUCCGUCUUCUUGUUGUUGAUCUUCGGGCCGAUCUGUUCAACAAGGCCAAAGAGAUUGAUUGUAUUGUCUUACCCACGCUGAUGGGUGUGAGAUAGCAGCAGCAGGUCAUCACCAAAAAGGUAUUCUUAACCGAUACUCUCGCCUCAUUCCAUCGUCGUAGAAGCUCUUAAUGAGAAGCACUUAUUAAUUUUGCUGCGGGAUCCCGAACAUGCAUAAUGUGUACCGGAGGCUAAGUCCACAAAUCUCAUCCAUAGCUGUCUCUGUCAAUCUAUGCAUUGCUCCAUGAUGUUUCUUAGAGCGAAGAUCUGGUUGGUUCAUCCCCUUUUCUUCCUUAACCCUGGUUAUUCCUUCCUGAGCUCUGGAUCCUCUGCAUCUGAUAUUCGUUUGAUGAUGAUCUUACCCUCAAUGAUUUUGCUUGAAAAUGACAAGAAGGUUAUUCCCUACCAGUUGCCUCAAUCCGACAGGAUACAUUUUCUUGGGAUCUUCACCAUAACCUCCUCUUUCCAGUCAUCUGGAACUUUCUUUCCUACUCACACAGCUGUGAAGAGGCGUCUUUGGGUAUAAUAGGGGCCAUUUCAAAAUACUCAUCGGUUUCUUGCCUUUUGUUUUGAUAUUAUCAUGCUGGCCGACGAGACGCGCUGAAAAUCUAAUUUUUGAAAAGUGAAGCGUGCUAGCUUAACAUUUUGCAUCAUUUUGUGCUGUUCAAUAGUUUGAAACAUUUCGAUCUUAAUCUUUCGUAUACUUUGAUGAUCUCUGCAAAACAGCGAUUUUUUUAACGGGUCAAUUAAAACAGAACGACUUGUUUUGUUGAUGGGUAUAUUCAAGAUUCCACAAUAAACGCUAGCAUAUAUGCAACAUAUUAUUGUUACUUAAAAUAUGCAACCAUUUGCCAUCUAUUUUUCUCCUUCUUGCAACAGUUUUGGGUAUGUGGAAAGGUUACCGCCAGAAUGCGACCGACUUCUAUCUCGAAGAAAAUGAAUGGCACGCAAGCAUCAAUGUUCCUUCUGAAAAUUUUGCGGAGAAUGGUUUGUUUUAACUUUAAACAGUCAGGAAUCCUUCUGUUACUUUGAUCUGCCUUUCUAAAUGUGUUAAACAUGGAAACUCUCGAUGAAAUUUCUUUUUGCAUCCAACCUAACAACGCGGCAACCAAAUAGUGGUGGAGGCCCUUAAUAAGACUUAACGUUCUAGAAUAUGAAUUAUUUUUUUUUGCUUUAUAAUGCUUUUGUGUUUUGGUGUUUAUUUAUCAGGAUCAUUGGUAAUAGGAUGCGUAUACAAGGAUCUUCAUGAAUUAUUACAAACCAAUCAGGGCGGAGGGGAUAAAACUGAGAAUUCAAGGUGACUUUGAUAGCUAUUUCCCUAGACCUACCAAGUGCAUCCUUUAUUCGAUGUUUGCUUUGUUAAAAUCUAGGUGGUUAUUAGCACAAAAUGGUCUCUACAGGUAUGUGAACACAAGGAUAAUGACCGCGGCUGUAGAUCCCAAACAUGAAAAAUUACGACAGGACGUCAUAUUAAAGUUCAGAAACCUGAAGGUAACAGCAAGAACACUAAAUGUGCAUUUCAGUCCGUUUUUGUUGGGUUGACUUAAAUCAACAGAAAUACAAUCCCUUUUUAGGUCGAUGAGGGAGAGAAGCAGUGCAUGUUUUGGAAUGGCUUAGGCAAGAGGUAAAAACUGAGAAAUUAUGAACCUUAAGUUUUAUUUGUAAUGAUUUGCUGUUUGCGUCCAAACUUUUCGACAAUUUGAAAAGCAUCAGCUAAACGCUUAUUCGGGGUGUGGUAGUCGGUGUCUCAGGAUAUAUUUAUAGCAAUGAUUACUGAUAUUUUCGAUAAUAAAAAGGAGAGUCUGACAAUAACCUCUCGGGACCUAAAAGGUGUUAACAGAGAAAAUUAUGGAGACAGCUUUUUUAAAAGGAAAGUACAACAGCUGCUGUACAGAUAAAGGUUUUGUUUUACCUUGAACAAUUUUUUCCCUGUAUGUGUACAUUCGUUUGGGAAUAUCAUGUGAUUUUGGUCGUUCUCCAUAGAAGUGCAGCGGUAUGAUACGCCAGAAAAGAAAAGAGAUUUAUGCGGAAGGUUUUACUUUUAAGAGCAGGAUUUGAUUUUUUUUAAAAUUCAAAAUCAUUAUUCUUAUUUGCCAUAUUCAUUUUUUUAGUUUCGACGGAUUCUCAGGGGAUGGUUGUUACGUAGAUCCAUUGAGGAGCAACUCAAAGGACACAGUCUGCAGAUGCAAUCAUUUGACACAUUUUGCUGUCUUAGUUGACUUCAGAGGCGACGCGGAGGUAUUUUUUUUCUUUUUAAGGUACUUUACUUUCAAUAAAUAAGUGUCAUGCUCCGCGAAAAACUCUAUUGUCCAUUUUCACUUUUGCCACAGCUCUCCAAGAAGGACGUUACUAUUCUGGAGAUAAUCACAUACGUCGGAUUAAGCCUUUCCAUCGUCGGAAUACUUUUGACCAUAACGCUGUAUUCUUUUCUCACGUAAGUAUACGGCUUCCAAACAAUCAGUGUUGCGCUUUCUUGCAUGACUUUCACGAUGUAAAAAUCAGGCCAGUACGUGCAUAAAUAGAUUAGAUCACUCUAAGCGACUGAGGUAAAACGCAACCGUGCUAAUUUUUAGAAUCAAAUGCGCGCAACAGAUGUUGAGCACAGCACUAUCACAGAGUGUUCAGAUUCACCUUCAGUCUCUCGAAACAACCAGGGAACGUUUUCGAAAUAGCUUUGGUAUUAAAUUUCUAUUGAUUUUCUUCCUAUGCUUGACUCAUGCUUACAAUUCUUAUUACUGCUCUUCACUUGUGUUUCUAUUGGUUCCUCGAGCUUGCUCCCUGGCUUUGUUUUGCUUCUGUUUAUGCACUGUACAUAAACAUGAUAUUCACUUUUACUAGAGAUGUUCGACAACCACUACCUCAAAUACGACUUAGUACUAGUCUUUGUGUGUCCCUCGGAGCUGGACAAAUCAUCUUUCUCUCUGGAAUAAACGCCACAGAAAAAAUGGUGAGUGGCUAUAUAUUAUUGGUGGAAUUCCUUCAAAGACGUCAUUCUUGAACGAAACGUGAAACCAAGAAAAAAUGAAUUUUCUGGUCUUUCCUCUCCUUUCUUUUGCAGACAGCGUGUAUCACAUCAGCAGUUCUUAUGCAGUAUUUCCUGAUGGCCGCUUUCUGUUGGAUGCUGGUAGAGGGAAUUUAUCUUUACCUUCGUGUUGUGAAAGUUUAUAACAUCAGCGACAAGAUGUAUAUUUAUCACGUCAUGUCAUGGGGUAUGUUAGUUGUACAAUUGUAUUUAUUAUGUUGUUGUGAAUUAUUUUGUUAACGAACUGUCUCAUUUGGAUCGCUAUAUGAUUCUAAUUUGUGAUAGGUUUGCCCGUCAUCGUGGUGGCCAUUUCAUUAAGGAUAGCAGCUGGAGCAGCAGAUGUGAUACAGAGCUACAUCAGUGAUGACUAGUGAGAUUGAAUUUUAAAGCUUCUUUUUCUCCCCUCGACCCUUUUGUAUACUUUUUUUGUUGAGAUUUUGACCUGAUUUCAUCUUUUAUUUCCCCUCUUCAUUAUCAUAGUGAGUCUGCCCUCUAUUUUCUUUGAUUCUCAUAACCUUUUAUCCUUUUAGGCCAGCUUCUGACAUAUGUAUUUUUGGUUAUAGAACUGUUGCUGUUCAUCGUUGUUUUACAAUAAACGUUUUAUAAGUGAACGUUUAAUAGUUUGUCGCACGAUGUAAGAGUCAAGCUACUCAAUCGUGUAUCGAUCGCGACAUCGAGAUCAAUAGACGAUUUAUCAACUUGACUCUUACAUCGUGAGAAAAACUAUUAAAUGUUUAUUUACGUAUGGUUAUUUUCAUAGUAUGGAUGUUACUCUCUGUCUUCCCUGUCAGGAAGAUUGGGAAACUGAAAUCCACCAGUAUUUAAAAUUUUUUGCGCUCUUUUUUGAUGUUUUUUUUCCUUUUCCUUCUUAGUUGUUGGAUGUCCUCAACUAACAAUCUGAUCUGGAUAUUUGUCACAUUUGUGGUUAUCAUUGAAGUUGUAAGUUUCAGAUUUGAGCCAAUAUUUUUUCUUUUGACGUUGUCAUUUGCGAUUCUGGUUUGAGACAUAAUAUAUGUAACAGCCCUACCUCAAUACAAGAGUGUUUUCAUCUCUCCUCUUUCAGAUCAACAUUUUGAUUCUCACUCGAGUCAUAAGGGAGAUGACCAAAAUGCAGCCAAAAGGAGGAAAGCAAAUUCAGCAAAUACGGUAUGAACGAUUUCAAAAUUACGAUUGAAAGACGGAGAGUUUGUGCCGAAUAUUAGAUCAAAAUAUUAUCAAAUUCCUACAUUUGAGACUUGGUAAUAUUGAUACAUUUUUUAAUUUUUUAAUGAUAUUCGCUUAACCUUAUGGAGAAUUCUGAUUACCAGAAAUAUCCUUGAAGAAAAGAUACAAAUUAAUAAAUCCUCAUAUCUCAAAUUAUCAUCCUCCUUCAGACUUGGCAUUAGAACAUGCGUCGUGAUGACUCCCUUGCUGGGUGUCACGUGGUUAUUUGGACUCCUUUCGCCUGCACACAAAGCUUUCGCCUACAUUUUCACCAUACUCAACUCCACUCAGGUGAGUUUUAGUCCUACCACUUUUUUUAUCCAUUUAAAAACAUUUUUGCUAGGGUCAGAUGACAUCUGCUACGGUAACUACAAAAUAAGACGUAUUAUGAUAAAGCUAAGAAAAAAGAAAAAAAAAGAGAAAAAUACUUUCUACUGCUUUUUUGUCAUUCUCGUAACUUAAGGGGUUAUAUGGUGUGAGUGAUUAAACUUAAUUCACUGUAAAAUAAAAACUAAAAAGAAAACAAACAAAGAAAACAAAACCUCUCUUUUAUCUAACCUGAAUUGCAUACUGUAAAAAAAAAAAUGACACUGAAAACGAGUUCCUUUGUUUUUUAAGGGUUUUCUGAUUUUCAUUCUUCACUGUGUGCGAAAUGGCCAGGUAAGUUUAAUUUUAAAAGAAUAAAUAUGGUAUAGAUAGUGAGGUUUUAAAAAUUUACUAUACAAGUGUAAAAGGAUACACUGGCAUGCCUUCUUUUCCUUAGUUUAGAGUAAGAAAAAGAAAGCUUUCAAAUUACUUGUUUAUCUGAGGAUUAAAGAGCGAUUCAAUAGAAAGAUGAGUAUCAUUUUUCCAUCCGAAAACAUUGAAAACUCCACAAAGCAGAGCUCACAGGUUAAUUCAAAUGAUAUUAAU